CACACUUACCUGGUAGCACAUCGCUUCUGGUGAGAUUGGAUGGAGAGCCCCUCACAGCAUCACUUCAGCAAGCAUCAAUAGCGUUUUCCCGUUAACUAUGGCUCUUUUUUCAUGCUCUUUUUGACAUUUCAAAUGUUUAACAAGUCAUAUUAUCCGGUGCAUAUUUAAUCGGUUGUGGUAACGUUCAGAGAGGUAUUGUGCCCACAUGGGCAGCGUUCUGGCCCUAUCGUCUGGUGCGGCCAAUGGGACCUGGCCCUUCUCCCCCGACACCCCUCCCUCCCGUUGGGACACGCACCCCGCCCACUGGGACCGCCCUCCGCGCUGGGAGAGGAGAGAUGGCCGCCUGCCCAACCCUGGCAGCUUCCACUCCCUGCACAGGAGCUGCAAGGAUGUAUUCCCACAGCAGAUCGAGGGUGUCAAGAUGACAGUCAAUAAGACUUUAAGCAGCUUCUUCAAGGCCAGCCACACAUUCCACCUCAGUGCGGUCAGUCCAUCCUACUAUCGCUUCCACACGGAACACCUGCAGGACGACCAGUACAGCAAAGAUAAGGACGCCCCGGCGCUGAUUGGAGAGAUGGAUUCUUCAGGGAGUUUAAACGCCCAUUCUCUCAUUCAUCUGACCGAGAGAGUCAGAGCAAGGGCCGUUUUCCAGAGCCAGCAGUCCCAGUUUGUCACGUGGCAGUUUGAGACCGAGUACAGAGGAAGUGACUUCACCGCCGCCGUUACCGUGGCCAACCCAGACGUCCUCCGAGAGUCGGUGAUCCUAGUAGCUCACUUCCUGCAGAGCGUCUCGUCGGGGCUGGUGCUCGGGGGGGAGCUGGUGUACCACCGCGGGCGGGCCGAGGAGGGGGGCAUCCUCACUCUGGCGGGACAGUACUCCCGUCCAAACUGGGUGGCAACUCUUAAUGCAGGCAAGGGAGGUGCCCAUGCUAGCUACUACCACCGCGCCAACAAACAGAUCCAGGUCGGGGUGGAGUUUGAGGCCAGCACGAGGACCCAGGAGACCACCGCCUCCUUCGGGUACAGGAUGGAGCUCCCUGAGGCCAACAUGGUGUUCAGAGGUAUGGUGAACAGCAGGUGCAUCAUCGGAGGUGUGCUGGAGAAGCGCCUCACCCCGCUGCCGGCCACCCUCAUCAUGGGGGCCUUCGUCAACCACAGAGGGGACAAGCUGCAGGUGGGACUGGGGGUCAAUGUGGGCUAAUCCCACUAGACCUGACCACCACCAUCAGCCCCAUGCAGUUCUGAACACCCAAGGGACAAGAUGCAGUAAACUCCUACCGAUGGGGACCGGAUUGUAACCCAAACUCUUUGGUUUUGUCCAUCCUAUUUUUUGUAAAAAACAACAACAACAAAAUAAUGAGAAAAAAAAAUGUUUUUGUGUAAGGUAGAGGCAAGCAAGAUAAAGAAAGGAUGCUCGGUACUCAACGUCCAGUGUGGCUGGCAGCCUCUUGUAGACAUGUAUUGCACAUGCGCGCGCGCGCGCGCGCGCGCGCGCGCGCGCGCGUGUGUGUGUGUGUGUGUGUGUGUGUGUGUGUGUGUGUGUGUGUGUGUGUGUGUGUGUGUGUGUGUGUGUGUGUGUGUGUGUGUGUGUGUGUGUGUGUGUGUGUGUGUGUGUGUGUGUGUGCAUGUGUGUGAGCACGUGGGUGUUGGUGUGUGACGGACGAGGUUGAUCGAUCUAGCCAGGCUUGAUUUUAUUAAGCUGUAAACAACAAGGACUUGUGGGAAAUGUAGUUUUAUAACCUGGCGUUAAUGCCUGCUCGAAACGCUAACACUAGAUUAGACAUACAAUAUGGCUUCAUAUUUUUCUUAAAGUGCCCAUUUCAAAAUAUCAAUGUGUAUCCAGCACAAUCUCUGCUACGUAUUCAGGUACUGAAGGUUGCUUUAGUUUAAGAACAUAAAUUUGUCAUGGAUAUAUAUUUUUUUCUUCACAACAAUAAACAGUCACUAACGCUCCUCAGUCAGGUAAGAAUGUGACUUCCUUUGAGCGUGUGGCCAACAGUUGCUGAUCUUUCCUUGGUUGGUCCAUCACCAAGAGGGCAAAGAUUCCUCCUGCUAGGUUUCGGUUGAACGUUCUCCAUGGAGGUGACGAUACGUACAGGCACUCACUAACAUUGGGAUGUCUAUCUGGUUUCAUGCACUGUAUAAUUAUUAUUAUCAUUAUUAUUAUUAUUAUCAUGAGGUACUGUAUUUUUAUGAGCGUAGUGACACAGUGAACUGUAUGCAAGCUGCACUACCAUGCCUCCGGGCAUCCCCAGUGUGUUAGGGAUGGAAAAGAUGACUUUGGUUCAUGUCUGUCUUGUUUGUCCGAAAUUAAUAAAUCAAGAUGUUAUUUAUUGCUAA